CACCGUCAGCAGCAACUAUUACUACAAACGGCUCCGGCUGCUUCAGUCUCUCAUCCAGCUGUGGAGCCAACACAGAGUGUUUUUUAAAGCUGUGCUAUAAAUCCAAACUUCGAGGAUUGAGUGAUUGAUUGAUAGACUGAGUGAUUAUAGAAAGCCUGAGCCAUGGCGACAAUAGGAGAUUUCGACCCACUCAACUCCAUCGUACCUGCUACAAAGAUUGAAGUCACCGUCUCCUGCAGAAACCUGUUAGACAUGGACACCUUCUCGAAGUCAGACCCGGUGGUGGUGUUGUACCUUCAAGGCCUGGGGACCAAGGAGUGGAGAGAGUUUGGUCGGACCGAGGUAAUCGAUAACACGCUGAGCCCCGACUUUGUGAGGAAGUUUGUCCUUGAUUACUUCUUUGAAGAGAAACAGAACCUUCGCUUUGAUGUGUACAAUGUGGAUACCAGGAGCUCCAACCUUUCAAAACACAAGGACUUUCUGGGUCAGAUGUUCUGUACGUUGGGGGAGAUCAUCGGCUCGACUGGAAGCAGGUCUGAAAGGACGCUCUCUGGGAUUCCCGGAAAGAAGUGUGGAACCAUCAUCUUCACAGCCGAGGAGCUAAGUAACUGCCGGGACAUAGCGACCAUGGAGCUCUGUGCCAACAAGCUGGACAAAAAGGAUUUCUUCGGCAAGUCUGACCCUUUCCUUGUCUUUUACCGGAGCAAUGAGGAUGGGACGUUCACCAUCUGCCACAAGACUGAGGUGAUCAAGAACAAUCUGAAUCCUGUUUGGCAGUCGUUUACCAUCCCUGUAAGAGCACUCUGUAAUGGAGACUAUGACAGGACAGUGAAGGUGGACGUGUAUGACUGGGACCGAGACGGGAGAUGUAGACACUUGAUCUAUCCCUGUCUUUCUUCCAGUCAUGACUUUAUCGGGGAGUUCACUACCAGCUAUAGAGAACUGUCCAGAGGCCAGAGUCAGUUCAAUGUCUACGAGGUUUUAAAUCCUAAAAAGAAAGGCAAGAAGAAGAAAUACAUCAAUUCAGGGACGGUGACCUUGCUGUCUUUCAAAGUGGAGUCAGAAUACACAUUUGUCGACUUCAUCAGAGGAGGGACACAACUCAAUUUCACAGUGGCCAUAGACUUCACAGCAUCCAACGGGAACCCAUCCCAGCCCACCUCACUGCACUACAUGAGUCCAUACCAGAUGAAUGCAUAUGCCAUGGCUCUAAAAGCUGUAGGGGAGAUCAUUCAGGAUUACGACAGCGACAAACUCUUCCCAGCAUAUGGCUUUGGAGCUAAACUUCCCCCAGAUGGCAAGAUCUCUCACGCCUUCCCCCUGAACUCAAAUACAGAAAACCCAAACUGUGUGGGGAUCGAGGGGGUGCUAGAGGCAUAUUUCCAGAGUCUGAGAACAGUUCAGCUGUAUGGUCCAACCAACUUUUCCCCGGUCAUCAACCAAGUGGCUCGAUGUGCGGGAGAAAUAACUGACGGCUCCCAGUACUUUGUGCUGUUGAUGAUUACAGACGGUGUCAUCUCAGACAUGGAUCAGACCAAGGAGGCUGUGGUGAAUGCAGCCUCCCUGCCCAUGUCUAUCAUCAUAGUAGGAGUGGGUCCUGCUGAGUUUGAUGCUAUGGAGGAACUGGAUGGGGAUGAGGUCAGAGUUUCCUCCAGGGGGCGCUUAGCUGAGAGAGACAUCGUCCAGUUCGUUCCUUUCCGGGACUACAUCGACCGCUCAGGCAACCAGGUCUUAAGCAUGGCCCGUCUGGCCAAGGACGUCCUGGCAGAGAUCCCCGACCAGCUGCUGUCCUUCAUGAAGAGUCGAGGGAUUGAACCCCGCCCCCCCUUACCUGUCACCUCAGAAUCCCCUUCAAUGUCCACCACCAGCUCAAUCACCACCAAGGAACACAACAUGCAUGCCUGAAAAUUAGGGCAUGUUUGAGUGUGUGUGCGCAUGUGUGUUCUGCAUGGUUUCCAGGGGUUGUUGAGAGGAACCGGGUCAGGCUUGUUUUCACGGUGUACUUAAAGGGACAACUUUCAGAAGAGAAAGGUCCCUGUUAUAAAAGUGUAUGUGUUAAGGAUUCUUCUGACAAGAUCUGGAUCACAAGUGUAGAAAAAGUGCAGUUUUGAUCUUUUUAAUGUUUCUCGUUCUGUUUUCUGUCAGCUCCUGUCACUAUACUCAGUCACACACAGCUGCAUUUAAAUGUCAUUUGGCUGUUUUUCCUCAGUCACUGAUUAACUAUUUAUUUUUAUGAAAACUUUUCAACUGCUGAUGUUGAUUCUCCAAUCCUCCUUUAUUAAUUUCUUGGUCUGUCUGCUCUAAAAAUGAAUCCUGAAGUAGCCGACAAUGUGCUUUCUAUCAAUUGCAGAGAAAGACAUAAUGAAGAAAGAUGUCCCUUUCCUUGCUUAUUAAUUCCAAGGGCAUUUCAAAGGCUUGACGGUAACACAGGAAACUGACAUUUUUUUGAACAGAAAUGAUAUCCUUUCCUUGUCGUGGCGACUCAAGAGCAGGGGACACCCGUUUUUUUUAUUAGAUCGUGAAAGUAUAUGCUGUAUAUUAUUCUAUGCUGAAGAUGACAUUCAAAUGUUUUCUUUGACAUUCGUAAUGAAUGCUCUA